UUGGGUGUGCAUCUGAAUCUCUUGUACGUGCAGGAAAUCAAAAGUGAAGUCAAUCUGGGUACAUCUCCGAGACAACUGCCAGUGGAUCCUUCUACAGUUUAUGGCCAGGGAAUUCUGCAAUCAAAGCCUGGGAUGGGGGGUGCAGGAUUAAACCCUGGAGUGAGUGGUCUACCUUUGAAGGGAUGGCCAUUAACUGGUAUCGAGCAAAUUCGACCAGGUUUAGGUGGGCCACAGGUUCAGAAAUCUUUUCUACAAAAUCAAAGUCAAUUUCAGCUCUCGCCGCAGCAGCAACAACAACAACAGAUCUUGGCUCAGGUUCAAGCGCAAGGAAAUAUGACUAAUUCACCCAUGUAUGGUGACAUGGACCCUCGAAGAUUUACAGGAUUACCUAGAGGAAACCUAAAUCCGAAAGAUGGCCAACAAAAUGCAAAUGAUGGGUCUAUAGGGUCCCCAAUGCAAUCGAGUUCGUCAAAGCAUAUCAGCAUGCCUCCAGUACAACAAUCUUCUUCCCAGCAACAAGAUCACUUACUAUCCCAGCAAUCACAACAGAACAACCGCAAAAGAAAAGGGCCUUCCUCUUCUGGUCCUGCUAACAGUACCGGGACAGGAAACACAGUUGGCCCAUCCAACUCACAGCCGUCGACUCCUUCAACACAUAACCCUGUUGAUGGAGUUGCUAUAACUGGUAACAUGCACCAUGUGAAUAGCAUGCCAAAAGGACCAAUGAUGUAUGGUUCUGAUGGGAUUGGUGGUCUCGCAUCAUCAGCAAAUCAACUGGAUGACAUGGAACAGUUUGGAGAUGUGGGAGCCCUAGAAGAUAACGUAGAAUCAUUUUUGUCCCAAGAUGAUGGAGAUGGUGGAAGCUUGUUUGGCACCCUAAAGCGGAACCCUUCUGAGCAUACCGAAACUUCAAAAGCUUUCAGUUUCAAUGAGGUUAGUUCUAUAAGAAAAAGUGCCAGUAAGGUCAUCUGCUGUAACUUCUCUUCUGAUGGGAAAUUGUUGGCUAGCGCUGGGCAUGAAAAAAAGGUAUUUAUUUGGAACAUGGAAACACUACAUGUUGAGAACACGCCGGAAGAACAUGGUAAUAUCAUAACAGAUGUUCGGUUCAGACCUAAUUCAACUCAGCUGGCAACGUCCUCAUUUGACAAAACUAUCAAGAUCUGGGAUGCUUCUGAUCCUGGUUACUUCCUACGAACAAUUUCGGGUCAUGCUGCACCUGUUAUGUCCAUUGAUUUUCAUCCUAAAAAAACCGAGCUAUUAUGCUCUUGUGAUAGCAACAAUGAUAUUCGUUUUUGGGACAUCAACGCUUCUUGUGUUCGUGCUACAAAGGGGGCUAGCACGCAAGUACGGUUCCAGCCAAGAACAGGACAAUUUUUGGCUGCAGCAUCCGAGAAUAUUGUGUCAAUUUUUGAUGUUGAAAAUAAUAACAAACGGAUCCACAUGUUUAAGGGACAUUCCACAAAUGUACAUUCUGUUUGUUGGAGCCCAAACGGUGAUUUGGUAGCUUCUGUUAGUGAAGACGCUGUAAAAAUAUGGUCACUGAGUACAGCAGAUUACAUCCACGAGCUUAUUAACAGUGGAAACAAGUUCCACUCUGUUGUUUUUCACCCUAGCUUUCCCAAUCUCUUGGUCGUUGGUGGCUACCAGACACUGGAGCUGUGGAACACAAUGGAGAACAAAUGUAUGACGAUAGCGGCUCACGAGUGUGUGAUCUCUGCCUUGGCUCAUGUUAAGAGGGAGUGA